CAACCCCACUAUCUAACGAAAAUGCCAUGUGGUCCGUGGUUUUCCUUAUCGAUAAAUACGAUUAGAAAAAAAGUUAUCUUUGCGACUCGCGACUCGAAAAUGAUCUUGGACUUGGACUUGGUUUUAUACAGUACUUACUAGGUACUUUUUUUGAGAGAGAGAGUGAGUUGCUACAAACAUCGACACAUUCAGUCCAUAAUGGCUGCUGUUUACAAGUCAUUGUCCAAAAGUGCCAAUGGCCACAAGGCCGAAGCACCUGCCAAUGGUGUCCGAAAGAAUAAGCAAAGGGUCUUGAUCUUGUCCUCUAGAGGUGUUACUUUCAGGCAUCGGCAUUUGCUCAACGAUCUUGCAGCUAUGCUUCCCCAUGGCCGAAAAGAUGCGAAAUUCGACUCCAAAUCCAAGCUUUACCAACUCAACGAGCUCGCGGAAAUUUCGAAUUGCAAUAACGUGCUCUUCUUCGAGGCUCGCAAAGGCCAGGACUUGUAUGUCUGGUUGAGUAAAGUUCCAAACGGUCCGACAGUGAAGAUGCACCUACAGAACUUACACACUAUGGAAGAGUUACAUUUUACGGGAAAUUGUUUAAAGGGUUCAAGGCCGGUUCUUUCCUUUGAUGCCGCCUUUGAUAAAGAGCCAUACCUCCAAGUCAUCAAAGAAUUAUUCCUCCACACCUUUGGCGUGCCGCAAGGCGCAAGGAAGUCGAAACCUUUUAUCGACCAUGUCAUGGGGUUUACAUUCGCAGAUGGGAAAAUAUGGAUUCGAAAUUACGAAAUCAAAGAAACAGAAGCUUCCAAGUCAACGGACGAGGAUGCCGAGGCUGAAUCGAAGGCCUCUAAGGGUCGCAGCAAGGAGCUCGACAUCAACAUGGUUGAGAUUGGGCCACGUUUUGUUCUGACCCCGAUCAUCAUACAAGAAGGAUCUUUUGGUGGCCCAAUAAUUUACGAGAACAAAGAAUUUGUCUCACCAAACCAAGUUAGAGCUGACCUACGAAAGAGGAAGGCUACAAAGCAUAAUGCUCGCGCGGAGCAAUUUGUGGAGAGACUCGCGAAAAAGGGAGAUCUAGGUCUCCGAACGAGCGGUGGUAAACCAGUCCCGGUCGAUGAACUAGAUACGAAACAACUAUUCGCUUAAUUGUACUCCCUCCUAACGGCGUUCUGGCGUUUACAUGGCACCUAGGUGUCCGCAGAAAUUCUCUUGGAGUUAGAUACAAUUCAUGCCUAGAUAUGUAUAGCUACUACCUACCUGCGUACUUAUUAAGUCAAGCUUUGGGAUGUGAAGUUAAUGUCAAUACUCCUGACAACUAA